UCUGUCACAUGGAUUCCAUUGUUCUUGGGCUCUUUACCUUUCUUCUGUUUUUGUACUAUCUAAUGCGCAAAUUAAGAGCUCCUACCCUACAAGCACCCCAGCCACGGGGCGCAUGGCCAAUAAUUGGUCACCUGCAAGUAAUAUCAGCUGGAUCCAAUGGUCUUCCUCACUUAAACUUAGCAAAUCUAGCUGAUAAGUACGGUCCAAUCUUCACCUUAAGGAUAGGAAUACGCAAUGUUUUGGUCGUUAGUAAUUCAGAGAUUACUAAGGAAAUAUUUACUACCAAUGACUCGAGUGUAAUCUUUCGUCCAGCCCUAGUAUCAGCAAAACUAAUGGGUUAUAACUACGCUUUUUUUCCGUUCACUCCGGCCGGUACUUCAUAUUGGCGCGAAACGCGCAAGAUUUCCAACUCGGAACUUCUCUCGAAUCAACGCCUUGAGCUUCGCAAGCAUAUUCGAAACCAAGAAAUUGAAUUUUCCAUUAAAGCACUGUACCAAUCAUGGAAAGGUGGCAGAAAGAUUGUUGAGAUGAAGCAAUGGUUCUCCGACUUAAAUAUGAAUGCACUUCUAAGGAUGAUUAUCGGUGAGAAAUACUUCGGCGGAGGCGGUGAUGAGAGCGAAGGACGGCGGUUCCAAGCAGGAGUAACAGUGCUGUUUCAAUAUUUGGGUACACUUGUUCUGAGGGACGCUGUUCCAUAUCUUGGAUGGAUGGACAUUGGUGGACAUGAGAAGAUUAUGAAGAGGACUUUUAAGGAAUUGGAUGAUGUUCUUGAGAAAUGGCUCCAACAGCACAAGCAGAAGGGGAACUUAUUAGGUGAGACUACAGACGAGAACGAUUUCAUGGACGCGAUGAUUUCAAUUCUUGAUGGAAAAUGUAUCGAAGGAUAUGAUGCCGACACCAUCAACAAAGCUACAUGUUUGAGUAUGAUUGCGGGCAAUGAAACAGUUACAGUUGCAUUAACGUGGGCACUAUCACUACUGCUAAAUAACCAACAAGUACUCAAAAAGGCGCAAGAAGAACUGGAAAAAUAUGUGGGAAAAGAAAGACUAGUGAACGAUACAGACAUACACAACCUCGUAUAUCUGCAAGCAAUCGUUAAAGAAACCCUAAGGCUACACCCACCAGCAAUAAUACCAGGACCCCGCCAAUUCACUCAAGACUGCACGAUCAGCGGCUACCAUGUCCCCAAAGGCACUUGGCUGAUGAUCAAUCUUUGGAAGAUACAUAGAGACCCUAAUGUAUGGCCCGUACCAAUGGACUUCAAACCGGAAAGAUUUCUUACGAGUCAUAAGGACAUUGAUGUUAGGGGUCAUAACUUUGAAUUGCUUCCGUUUGGUGGUGGAAGAAGAGCGUGUCCUGCGAUUUCUUUCGGGCUUCAAAUGAUGCAUUUAACAUUGGCUAAUUUAUUGCAUGCUUUUGAAAUUUCUAGCCCCACAAAUGCUCCGGUUGAUAUGUCUGCUGGCGUCGGUUUAACUAAUAUGAAAACUACGCCUCUCGAAGUUCUUAUCUCGCCACGCCUGCCUCCUUACUGCUACGAAUAAUCGCAGAUAACUAUUUUCUAGUUCUAUUUACUGUCGAAAGAAGUUGUAUUUGAGUUAGUCAAUGUCUGUUAUAAACAGACCUAGUCUUUUGGAUUUAUGAAGGCUGUGUUGCUUAUAUUUCAGUGACUUGGUAGGAUAUGAUUAGUAUUCUCAUUCGUACAAGUUCUUGGAAUAAAGAAAUUCUUGAGAUAUCAGUUCUUUUA